AUGGCUGGCCUUCUCGAUCUCGUGCGCACAAAGCACGUCCCCUUCAUGAACCUCGAAGAUGUGCUCAGGCAGCCCAGUCUCGAGGAGCGCAGGAAAAAGCUGCACGCUCGUAUUGAGGAGCUUGCGCUUACCGAUUUCGACCCUGGUGUCUUCGACGUCGAGCUUCUGAGCCAACAGAUUGUGGCUCGAGUUGACCAGGACACCCCCGCGAACAGGCUCGCCAUCGCCAAGGGCAACAUCAUCAUUGGCACCUAUGAUGGCACCCAAGCCGCUCUCACACAAGCGUAUAAGAUGAUUGAGAAAACCUAUGAGUCCGUCUUCGACGUCCUCCAAAUCGAGCCAACGAUCCCACGGUUCAUUGACCUUGAGUUCAAGCGUCAAAUCUACCGCUACUCCUCGUACCCCUACAAAGCCGAGGGUGGUCUCGCCUAUCCCCCUCACCUUGACCACAUUCCCCUGACCGACAAAACCCCCAACAUCGCCAUCUUCAACGCCGCAGGAGUAGCUCAGACUGCAGUAAUGCUCAAUCAGAUCAUCCCCGACAAGUUUGCCAACGACCCAGCCGUCAAGUUUGUCUCCGGCGUCGCCAGCAGCUUGGUCGGCGGCAUGCCCCAGGCGGGUCCCACCAUUGCCGACUGCGAGCGCUACAACCUCUUCUUCCGCAAGACCGGUACCGACGUCGAGCGCGGCGCCAACAUCGGCCUCCUCCCUGACUGGUACUCCGACCGCCGCUUUGCCGAGCAGUCCUUCACCGGCACGAACCCUACCACCAUCGAGAAGGUCCCUGAGGACCUGCUCCAGGAGUUCAUCGAGACGGCGAAGCGCACCGGUUACGACUACUGGGCCAAGACGCUCGCCACACUCAACCCGGCCAACCUCUUCGUCCAGGACUGCCGCUACUUCCGCAAGGCCUGUGGUCUCAACGCCGAGGAGAACUUCACCUGGAAGGAGCCCAAGUCCGACAACAACUGGAGCUGCGCCGCCGUGACGCUCUUCCAGCUCUUCGGCGACGGCAAGCUGCACCCCGUCGCCAUCGUCUGCGACUACAAGGAGAGCAUGGCUACCUCCGUCACCAUCUACAACCGCCGCCACAGGCCUUCCGACCCCUCCAUCUUCGAGAAGACCGACUGGCCCUGGCGCUACGCAAAGACCUGUGCCCAGGUGUCGGACUGGUUCCGCCACGAGGUCGGCGUCCACUUGACCCGCGCCCACUUCAUCGAGGAGGCCGUCAUCGUAGCGACGCACCGCACGAUCCCCAUGGAGCACAUCGUCUACAAGCUGCUCCAGCCUCACUGGUACAAGACCCUCUCCCUCAACGCUGGAGCUCGCGAUACGCUUGUACCGCAGGUUAUCAAGGACCUUGUCGGCAUGAGCCCCGAGCAGUGCUUCAAGUACAUGGCGUACGAGUACGAGAACUUCGACUACCAGCAGAACUACGUGCCUAACGACCUCGAGCACCGCGGCUUCCCCAACACUAAGGAAGGCCUUGACGACAAAAAGUACAACAACUACGCCUACGCGAAGAACAUCCUCUCCAUGUGGAACACGAUCCGCAAAUACGUCAAGGGCAUGCUGCUCACGCACUACGACGAGGAGACCGCGGACGAAAAGAUCCGCAACGACAACUUCAUCCAGGACUGGUGCAAGGAGGCGCAGACCGGCGGGCGCAUCAAGAACUUCCCCGACAUCCAAUCGCUCGACCAGCUCGUCGAUGCCGUCACCAUGAGCAUCCACAUCGCGGCCCCCUUCCACACCACGGUCAACUACCUACAGAACUUCUACCAGGCCUUCGUCCUCGCCAAGCCCCCCAUGCUCUGCCGCCCGCCACCGCGCACCCUGGACGAGCUCCUGGACUAUUCUGAGGUGGAGAUGACCAAGGCGCUGCCCAUCGGCCGCCAGCGCGAGUGGCUGCUCGCGGCGCAGGUGCCGUGGCUCCUCAGCUUCAAGGUCGCCGGCGAGCGCAGCCUGAUCUCGUUUGCGCACUCGCAGUGGAGGACGCACUGCCGCGCGGGCAGGAACAGCGCCAACAUCCGGGAGGUGACCGAGGAGUUCUUCUACGACCUCAAGGACCUCGAGGUGGAGUUUUCUGUCACGAGCAGGCAGAUGGACAGGGGCAGCAUCCCUUACAUGGUCAUGGACCCUAGUAAUACCGCUGUUUCGAUUCUGAUCUAG